AUGCCGGUUGACCGCCUGUUGACCACGUUGCUGCGCUCGCUGCAGGCCUACACAGACCAGCAGGACACGUCACGCAUACUGGGCACAGCUUCAUCACUCCUCACGACGCUUGGAAACCCCCACAACCUCAGUCUUCUCACCUCACACCUUCUCACUGCGCCUGCCUUCUGGGAUCGCCCCGAUGGCGUCCGAACGCCCCUGCGACUGCUCACCGUCUUCCAUGCCGCCGUCACUACCGUCGUAACCCACCACAACGAUGUGCGCCACAAAAAGGCGCCAAAGCUCCUACCAGGCCAGUCGCCCGUUGGAGGAGGGCUAUCUCUUGAUGACUGGAUACGCGCGAUAGUCGCUGGCGCAGAUGACCGAAGCCAGCGAUGGAAGCAUCUCAUCGUCCUCGGGGGGCUGUUGAUCGGCAUAGGGAAUCUGGAACAGCAGGGAAUGGAUUUGUACUGGGCUUCUGCUAUGAGGAAAAGAGUCGAAGGUGCGCUGGUAAGGGCAACGAAUCUAGCCUUGAUCGAGGUCAGGGAACGCUUUGAACAGGAUGGCCUAGGGGGGCAUACCAUCACUCUGGUGCUGAAUCAUUGCUUUGCGUCUCUUGCGGAUGCAGAGAGGGCUCAGAUUGAUUAUGAUCUUCUCUUGCCUGUACUGGUUGGUACAGCGUACUACUCAAACGAGGGCUUCCAGUCAGCAUACUUCCUCGGAGGGCUGGAUAUGGAUGUGCAGAUGUCUCAGAGCGGCAAACUAGUCUGGAGUGUCCAUUCCAGCUCAUAUAGACAGGUUGAAGUCAUCUUGAACAGGCCGUUGGUGGCUGCAAUGGGUCCUCUGUCAAGGCUGAUCGCGCAUUCCGUGGAGAACGUAAAAAGCCCAUGGAUCAUCCAAACCAUGAUGGACGAUCUGGCGAGCUUCGCACGAGCACUCACCACACAGUGGCGACAGAACAAGUUCUCAGACAUCGACUCCACGGAUGAAGCAGCACACCUAGAAGAAGAAGCACUCAACAUGACGACCCCCCAACUAUGGAAACUCCUCAAAGCCGCGCUCUUCGCCACAACCAUCGUCUUACGCGGAGUCUUUGUUCGAAUCCUCGGCGACUCUGCCCUCGCAGCCGACGCCGUUGCCCCCAUCCUCGCAUCCCAGGCUCUGCAAACCCUGCGCCACCUCUCCUUUAUAACCACGCGCCUCGGCCCAGCAUCCUUCUCCCAACACACAUUCGUCUACCUGACCGCAAUCGACAUUCUCUCCGCGUACCCCAACCACGCAGACAAGCUGCUAAAACUCAUCGCCCCGCAACUCCUGGGGCACAUCCCACGCCACCCCAUCGACCGCAUCCUAGACCGGUACUUCCUCGACACAGCCGAGCACUUCACCCUAAUCCUCUCCCUAGCAACAAACGAAGACCUCCUCGUCGCAGCCGCAGUCCCCUACCUCGCCGCAGCAUCGACCCGCACCAUGCUCCCCGUCUUCGAAGCAGCCCACAGCGUCAUGCUCGCCGUCCUCUCCGCCCCGCAAUCAGCCCACAUCACCGCAAAGCACCUCCCCUUCUACAUCGACGCGCUAUUCCGCGUCUUCCCACACAGCCUCUCCCCCCGCCAAUUCCGCCUCGCCUUCAAAACCCUGAUGCGCGUCACCGCCCCGCCCUCCGCGCUCUCAGCAACGCACCCCGAUCUGCCCGCCGCGCUACUGGAAGUCGUCUACCACCGCGCGCUCAAUGCGCCGGCGGAGCCCCUGCCGCUGGAUGAAGUCGCCCUCGCGCUACAGGGCUCCGAUGCCCCGCCGCCCGCGCUGUCGGAACAAGCUGUCCUCGCGCUGACGCUUAUCGAUGCGCUCCCAUUCCUCCCCAUACCGCUGCUGGACGAGUGGAUGCCGUUGUGCGCCGACCUGCUCAAUCAGCUUCGGGACGACGAGAUGCGCGAGACGGUCAAGGCGCGCUACUGGGAGGUGCUGAUUAGUGGGGAGAUGGAUGCAGAGCGUAGUGGUGCGGCGGUUACGUGGUGGAGCUCAAGAGGGGGGAAGGAAAUGGUGCUCUAUGGGCAGGAAGGGGUGGAAGAGGAGGUGAUGAUGAGUGGGGCGUUGCCGGUUAUGGGGCGGGAGAGGGUUGUGCGGGAGAGCAAGUUGUAA